AUGCACAUCAUCGAGACGGUGGCUCUGGUUGUGAACUCGGGCUGGCUGGUGGUCGCCCUUCUGUUGGUUGUUGCCGUUAAGAAGCGGCGGCCACAACUCUCGGUGCCGUUCCUGGUUUGGGGCGGCUUCUACCUGCCGUUCUGCCUGGCCGUGGCCUGCGUCUGCCUGCGCCGGGUGGCCCUGUUGGCGGCGGCCGACCGCGGACGCAGCCUGCUGCCGCCGCUGGUCGGCUCAGCCCUGCUCUGCCUGCUGGCCGCCCCGCUCUACCUGCUGCUGUUGGCGGUGGUGGAGGCGGGGCGCCGUCAGAUGCGCGCUCAGCGGCUGGACUCAGAGCGCAGCAGGCUCGACGGCGGCGGAACGGGUCCGUACGGCACGCCCUAG